CCCGCCGAGCGCUGCCGCCACUCCUGGAGCGGAGGCUGCUCGGGGGAGCGGGGCGCGGCUCCGGCUGGCGGAGGAGGCGGCGGCGAGGACUGAAGAAUUCUAUCAGAAGGCUGAAGCCAGUGUUCACCUUGUUUAGAUUGCCUUGGUAUGAGUGAACUACCUCUUAGGAAAUAAAGAAAUGGAUGGGAUGGAUGAAACAUCUAAAAGAAUCCUAGAGCCAUACCAGUAUUUACUUCAACUACCAGGUAAGCAAGUGAGAACCAAACUGUCACAGGCCUUUAAUCACUGGCUGAAUGUUCCAGAAGAUAAAAUACAGGUUAUCAUUGAAGUGACAGAGAUGUUGCACAAUGCAAGCCUACUUGUGGAUGAUAUUGAAGAUAACUCAAAGCUACGACGAGGCUUUCCAGUGGCACACAGUAUCUAUGGAAUUCCAUCUGUAAUCAACUGUGCUAAUUAUGUGUAUUUCCUUGGCUUAGAGAAGGUUUUAACCCUUGAUCAUCCAGAUGCUGUUAAAGUUUUUACCCGUCAACUUCUGGAACUCCAUAAAGGUCAAGGCUUGGAUAUUUACUGGAGGGAUACUUACACCUGUCCUACAGAAGCUGAAUAUAAAGCUAUGGUACUGCAAAAGACAGGUGGUCUCUUUGGAUUAGCUGUAGGCCUCAUGCAGCUGUUCUCAAAUUAUAAAAAAGACUUAAAGCCACUUCUUAACACACUUGGCCUCUUCUUCCAAAUAAGAGAUGACUAUGCCAACUUGCACUCCAAAGAAUAUAGUGAAAACAAGAGUUUUUGUGAAGACUUAACUGAGGGCAAGUUCUCAUUCCCAACCAUUCAUGCGAUUUGGUCAAGACCUGAAAGUACUCAGGUGCAAAACAUUUUACGUCAAAGGACAGAGAACAUAGAUAUAAAAAAAUACUGUGUACAUUACCUUGAAAAUGUGGGUUCCUUUGAGUACACUCGGAAUACAUUGAAAGAGCUUGAAUCUGAAGCCUAUAAACAAAUUGAAUCACUUGGGGGAAACCCUGAACUUGUAGCACUAGUUGAACAGCUGAGCAAAAUGUUCAAAGAACCUGAAAAUUAAAAAAUUAACUCCUGGGUGUGGAUUAAAAAAAACCCUUUUAAAAUAGGAAAAUAACCAGACUAUGAGAGGUAUGAUAAUCAGUCUUGCUUAAAACUUUUUCUUGUAGCCAUGUUACAGAAAUCACUGUUAAAAACAAUUUGUCACUGAGUAUUGAAAUAUAUGCCCUAUUAUCUAUACAGUCUUAACUGUAACUGCUUACAGAUAGAUGUCUUUGUUGAAGCAGAUGUACCAGAACCAAAACAAGCAUGGAAUCUAAAUGUGAUCAUCUUUACAAAAUCAUCAGCAUUAUUUCAGGCCUAAAACUCUCAUAUCUUUAACCAGGCUACUGUAGGUUUCUGGCUGAAAUUCUGUGUCAAAUGAAAUCAGAUUGACCUGAGUGUAUUGUGCAUUUUCAGACAAUGCUCUAGUAAACCAAAAUGUACAAUGUUAAAUAACAAAAGAUGCUUGCACGUAAAACUGUUGUGUGAUAUUUCUAAGUUAGACUUGUGAAGAUCAGAUGGAUCAGCUUCCUAAGUUCUAAAGUGAAUAUCCUAUCCAGCUGCUGGGGAUAUUUUCAGGGGAAUGCAAAUCAUGAAAGAUAGUAUUUUAUAUGCAAAUAAGACUAAUGUUUAGUCUGAAUUGUAGCUUUAUAAAGAUUUCCGAGUACCUUGGAGAAAAGAUUCCAUCACAUCAGCAAAGCGUAAAUUGGCUGCUGAUUCCAGCUCUGCAGUGAAUAAUUUUGACUGCCUGGUGUUAGAUUUUUCAACUGUCAAAUAUUUUGUAGCCAGGGACCUAAAAUCUAUGCAUUAGAGCUCAUACAUGUGUCUGUAAAUAGCAACAUAGUAAGCUGCUACUAGAAAUGGAAUGGGAUCCACACCAGGUAACUUCAGGAUACCAUAAUUGGUGCAGGUCUCUUUAAUCUCUGCUUAUAAUUGAGAGGGACUUCUCCAGGAGUUGAUUCAUAAUUUGUACUGCCUUCCUGUUCUGACUUGCUAUCUGGAUGCAUGUUAUAGGUCUCUCCAAAAAGACAAGUUCUGUCAUUUUUUGCUAAAACAAAGUACAGCAUCUUGUUCUACAAGCUAUAAUACCACUUCAGUUUUGUUAAUUGCUUAAAGAGUGCUUUAAAAUUAUGUACACAUACUGAAAUAGAACUGGAACUGAGAGUGAGAUUGAGGGAGGGCUGAUAAGUGACAAAACCCUCUGCUCAUCUAUAUAGAAAUAUAUAUAUAAAGGUGAACAAAACAUAAGCAGAGAUGUUUUUAUUCUUGGCUGGGAUGGCUAUUAGGUUCAGUUCCCUUAGUCUUCAGAGCCACUUAAAGCUUUGCUUUAGUGUGGGGAGCUAAUGGUUUGGAUCAAAGGUAGGACUGGUGCUAUUAGCAGUGGUGUUAGCUCAAGCAUAGUCUUAAAAGAAAUGGCCAGAGAUACUUGGCUUCUGACAGAUAAAGGAUAGUUUUAUGCAGGUGUUCAUUUACUGUACCUGGAAAGCAGGGAGAGUCAUGGUCUCAACCCAGUGCAGACAAACACUAACUGAAGAAGGCUGCUCUAGGGUCUUCCCUGGGCAGUUAAGAUUCUUCUGAAAGUGAUCAAGCAUGAAAAAACUCAGGAUGACUGCUUUCAGUCAGAGACAUUAUGUAGUUAUAGAUGAUAGCCCAUCCCUUUUAUCUGCAUGCUGAGGAGCAAUCUUUGUCUGCUCUGUGAUUAGGCACAGAAUAAUAGCUUUUUCACUGAAUGGACCUGGUUGCUGGGACUGAAUAGCUUAAAGAUGGUGAAAGGUGUCUUUUAAUGUUAAUGACAGUGAAUUGUUAAUUCCUUUUUCAUAACUUGUGGUGCUUAGUAGUAAGCGUGUAAAUCUGUAAUGGUUUAUGAGAAAAUACUAUCAGCAGCAAAGUACAACAUUUAUUUUGUGCUGUGUCUUGGGAGUUUCAAAGCACUGUUGCAGCUGAUGUUGAAUGGGGGAGAGCACUGGAAAAACUAUUAUCAGGAGAAUCUCCUAGUCUUACUGUAAAAGAUAUCCUUGUGCCUAUUAGGAUAUAGUAACUGACAUAUACAAUGCAAAGUGUACUUAGCACCAUUUCUUGUCUGCUCAGUUGCUGGAUGUAAACAGUGUUGUAUAAUCAAACUUUCCCUAAUGAGGUAGCUUUUCUUAUUUUUGCGUAAAACUUUUCUAACAUCGGAGUCUUCUGCUAUGUCAUCACUUCUUUGGCUCAUUCUGGCAACUCACCCCAGUACUUUUUCUAAUACCAUAUUUUGUAGAAUGUGCCUGCAUUAACUUAGGAGUAAGUACCUUGGAAGUUUUCCAGCUGCAGGUCUUUUAAACCACAAAUGGGUAAGAAGGGAAAAAAGCUGGACCAGCAAGAAACCAUACAGCUCUUAAUCUUCUGCCUUCAAGGCUUUUGAUACCAAUAUUCAAAGCAUAACCUGAAAGUAUAUCUUAAAAGGCCCAGAAGCAGGGUAUCAUUGCUCUUCACUUUGGUUAGGAUGAACUGAGGCCUCUGAGGGUUUUUCUUGAUGUAUUCAGGAGCUGGAAGAGGCUGGGAUCUUUCCCCUUCAUCUGUUAAGCAGGUAGAGCAUCUUUAAGUAUUAAGCAUCAGCAGUGAUGAUGCUCUGUAGUCAAGGUAGACUUUAUAUUUGGUGCCAUAAGAUGAGACUGUGCAUCCUCAUCAAUAUUCUCCAAUAUUUGCUCUGGUACAAGCUCCUGGUGUUAAGACAUGUUAGGAAAAUAACUUCCUUAAAGCAGCAUGAGAGUCUUGUGGCUGCAGAAUUAGCUUAGUUGUGCAAGUGCUGCUCUCUCUUGCUAUGCCUCCCACAACACAGGGAGUAGGGUUUUUUCCUGAUCUUCACAAGAGAUGCAUUGCUGUGGAAUGCAAAUCUGAGUUGCAAGUGGAAAUGCCCAUGGGGAAACAAAGGGUAUGCUGGUUUCAAUGUCAGUCCAUUUGAGCCAGAAUUGUUCCCUUUAUUAUCUUCCUACCAUUGCCAACAAGUUCUACUUUGAUCAGGUUACCAGUGCAUCUAAAGAGAAAUGCAAAUACUUGGCAGUCUCCAGCAUUUCUCUCUACCUCAGUCUGUUUUCUGAUUUGUGCGCUUGCUUGGAUGUAAGUGAACACUGGAUGUAGAUGAAUGCUGUCACCUGUCUCUGAGUGGCCAGCCAUUGGAUGAGGCAUCUGUCUCUGCUUCUUCAAAGGCUGAUGUUACCCUAUCAGCUAUAGUGAAAAUUGCAUCAUUUCAGGACCUUCUUGAGGAGACAGCUUGUCUCCCACCUCUCCCUUUGAGCUCAGGCUGUUCAGGUACCUAAUAAGAGCAACUUUGUAUGUAUUGGCCAAUUGUUGAUACAAACAGCCUAAAAAUGUUAAUGGCAGUGGGAAAGUACCUGUUGAUACUUCAUGCUUUCAACUUUAUGGUUGAUUUUGCUAAUUAUUAAAUAUCUAAAUGACUCCAUGUACUAUGGAAAUUUCCUAUAUUUAUGGCUUCUUUCCCCAGGUAUUGUUAAAAUGCUAACAUGGUAUGAAA